AUGCCCCAAGCUACAGUGCCCACGCGCCGGCAGCGCUUAGGUGUCCAAAGCGAUAUCGCAUCGCCGGAAAACUUCCAAAUCGAGAGCCAGGACUCCUACCUUAGGAAGUGGCCAGAAUCGCGAUCGCAAAACCGGCCGAACCCUAACUCAAAAUUCAAGCUACCUACUCUCAAAAUCAAUGCAAUCCUACCCAACCAUCAGCUAGAUCAUGCAGAAGGGAUGAAUUUCCGGAGAACGAAGCCGGCGAAGUUUCGAGCGAAAACUGGUUUUUUCCCUUCGAUUUUCCGGCAAAACUACGGCAGCUGGCGUUGGGACCUGGCUGGGGUAGGAAGAGGACGGCGGCCCGGUCAUUUUGGUACCGGCCCCGUCGAGUUUGGUGGCCGGACGAGAGCAGGGCCGGCCAAAACGUGGCCGGCUGCUACAGCCGUCGCGAACCAGAGGAGAAAGAGAGCUCGCGGGAGAGAGAGAGGGUUUUCAGAUUUUAUUAAAAACCCAUUUUGA